AAAAUAUAAAUAAAUAAAUAAAAAUAAAAAGAGAAGGGCGGAUUACGAAUGGCAGUGGCAUACUCCGCAUCUUCGUCUCUGUUACGGUCAUCUCUUCUUCGCAUCCCCGUUAUUCUCCCUCCUAUAAGUUCCUCCUUCCUUUCCAGUACAAGAAGAAAGAGAUCUCAUUAUUUCCGCGUAUUUUCUUCAUCAAUGGCGUCCGAGCCAAAAGAGUCUCCUUCAAAUAAUCCAGGUCUCUCUGUGGAAUCUGAUGAAGAUACCAAAGGAUACUUCAUGCAGCAAACUAUGUUUCGAAUUAAAGAUCCCAAAGUCAGCCUAGAUUUCUACUCCCGUGUAUUGGGCAUGAAGUUACUUAAGAGGUUGGACUUCCCGGAAAUGAAGUUCAGCUUGUACUUCAUGGGGUAUGAGAAUCCAAUAUCAGCUCCAACUGAUCCAGUUCAGCGCACAGUCUGGACCUUCAGUCAGAAGGCAACAAUUGAGCUUACACAUAAUUGGGGCACAGAAAGUGAUCCUGACUUCAAAGGCUACCACAAUGGAAACUCAGAACCUCGUGGCUUUGGAAAAAUGAAAGGGUUGGCAUUCAUUAAGGAUCCUGAUGGCUACUGGAUUGAAAUCUUUGAUCUUACUAGAAUUGGGAAUGUGACUACUGAUGCUUCUUGAAAAUGGGCCACAUGCAUAAGCUAAUCUUCCAUUGGUUUUGAUUAUGCUUGUCUUAAAGGAGAUGAUCAUUGGGUUCUGCACUGUACAUUAAUGACUGCCAUGACAUCUCAGACAUGGUGCCUGUACAUCACUUCAUGGGACCAAACUUUGUUUAUUUUUGUUGUGGGCCUGACUUUGAUAUGCUAUGAUAAUAAAUAUAAUUGUUGAUGAAAAAGAAAAUAAAUAAACAUGAAUUGGCAGUUGC